AUGCUGAAUUUCGUCUACAGCUCAAAUUCGUCGCGUCCAGAAAGAAGAUUUUCGAGGCAUCUGAUAGGGGACUUUACUUUUGCGCUCCAGCGAAGUCAAUCUCGGCACAAACUCUUUCUGGAAAGAAAUAUCGCGCGUGUUCUGGACGACCAUCAGCAGCGGCGCGAGGGGAAAAGUAGAGCUGCCGUUUCACGAAAGACUACGUCCCCCAACUCGUUGCGCGUUGGUACGACUACAACAGAAGGUCUCGGAUCUAGAGGCGCAGUAGCCGAACAGGCAGUGGGUGCAUCACCAUUGCAAGGAUCGACCGCCUCAGGAAGGCUUACGAGUAAUUCAAGGCAGACUCAAGUACAGCCAAAUAUGGCAAGAUCUUCUCUGUCUGCCCCGGCAGACGGCAAGAGAACCGAGAGAAAGACCCGUCGCAGUAUCCGUGGUCUCCUUGACAAGGUCUACGAGCAGCCAGAUGCGGAAAUCAGCUUAGACCUGAUCAAUAUCCGCAAGAAGCUCAAUUUCAAGACCAACUCUGUCGAAGAAUUAGGGAGACCCGCCAAACGACAGAAGCGGGACACGGUCAAAUGCCAGUGUUACCUGACUGUUUGGGAUAAUCGAGAUGGCUACACAACAGCGCCUCUUGUUUCCAAAUCAGAAUACUGUCAUGUAACUGCCACGGAAACCACAGUCAACGGAUAUUUCGUCGAGUUAUCGCUGGAUCGACCUUUCACGGUUAAAGCACACGACCUGAAGGUUUCUGUUCCAAGUAGGAACGGGGAAGAAGCGUUCGCCCUUAUCGACAAGUAUUUUCUCGAGCUGAAGAUCAUCCCAUGCAGAAAUGACAGCCGCUGGCCUCCUGUACCAAUAUUGGGGAAAAGUGAUGGCGACCAUUUUGCCCCAGACAUCAAACGAAAUGGUGCUGAAUUGUUGCAAGGCGCAAUAGUUGCCAGAUAUACACACUUACCACAGCCUCCAGAAGAGGACACCCCACUAAGCGUCUUCUUCUUGCAUGAGGGUCGUACAUACAGAACGAAGUACGGACUUCAGGUGUCGUCGACAUGGCAGAAGUCCGGCGAGAGGCCGAAGACGGCCAGAAGGGAAGGUCAAGGCUUGGAUCUUGACUCUUUUCGACCACAGGCGGAGGUAGAAGCCGUCAAGGGCGCCAACGGAACAGAGGCGGUCCCGACUGUUGCAGACUCACAAAAGGUUGCAGAAACAGUACAAUCCAAUCCACCAGAAGUUUGCUACAACUUCUGCUCAACAGUAGAUCAGAAAUUCCGAUAUGCCACAGUCAAAGGCUAUCGAUGUCCUUUGUGCGCGAUCUGGAAAACGUCGAAGUUACAUCGGCUACAAUUCCAUCUGUCAACGAUGCACUCCAAGUACAUGUUUUCACUGCAAAAGCCUCGACGGGAUCCCGUAAGUCAUGACCUGACUCACAUCCAGAUCAAAGUGGACUUAGCUCCGCCAGUGAAGAAGGAAGAAGACGUCAAGACAUUUGAAUGGCACGCGCCAGCAUCACCUUUCGAUCUGUCAGCCUAUACGGAAGGCGAUCGUGGUUGGGUCGGCUCUGCGAACAUCAAAGCGAGUCCUGGGGAGGAAACUGCAUCAACGGCGCUCCCGUCGACAGAGAACCCACCCUCAGGGUUCCUCCCCGCUGUUCGAGUCUCGGACUUCCGCCAGCCCAAGCGCAGAAAAUACAAAGCAAUCCAGUUGCGUCCUGAUUUUGCGGAUCCUGAGCCGGUCUACACAUCGAUCAGUCAUCGACCUGUGUCACCGAGUGAAGAGCCACGCAGUGAGACGGACGAUGAAAUUGACAACCAGUGGCAAAUCGACCUGCAUAUGGAGCGGCUUGAUCUUGUGGCGAAACGCAAAGGUUGGACCGACCACGAGCGCGAACUUUCCAAACGGUGGGACAAGCACCGUAUGGAAGAACAGCUAGAGCACUCGAGGUAUCUGUCUAAUUCUCUGAUACGUUUCGUCCGCAAGAACAGGAAGUGGCUCAAGAACGGCAACGACGAGCUCCUGCAGGUCUUUUGUGAUUUUCUGGAGCGCUUGAAAGAACGAGACGUCAUCGACGACAACGUAGUCUGCGACGUCAAUCUCUUGAUCUUUCGAGAUUCCCCGGAGCCAGCAUUGACGAAGAAGCAGCCAAUUGAACGCUCGGAGUCACCCAUGACCAGGCAACGUCGGCGGGAAGGUCUGAGCGGCACCGCGGAACCAUGGCGGCGCGAGACUCCGCGUCCAGUUGCUUCUAUAGCGGUAUCUAUGCAGCCGCCGAGGCCUGUUCAGCGAUCUACCGAAUCCGUCUGCGGACUGUGCUCAGAACCUAUUGCGCGUGCGAUCAAAAAUGGCGUCAUGUGUGCAGAUCCGGAAUGCACAACUCCCAGGGCCAUGUACCAUCGUAGCUGUGCGGAACAACAGCAGGAGCUGGUGUCUGGUCAUGGGCACAGGAAGAUGGACAAAGGUAAAGCGCCUGCAACGGCGAUGGUAACUCUGCCCGUACCGACUCGGUCAGCAGAGGAGUUUGAGAGAUGGGAUUGGUCGUGUCAGGCUUGCGUAAAGAGACAGAAGGCCGGGGCGAAGGAGAAGCAAGCUGCUAUCUCUGCAGCAGCGACAGCUGUGAUGAGGGAUUUGGCUGUAGCUUAG